AUGGCCUUUCAACUUCCGACCCUCCGGCUGAAUAUUUCGGCAUUGACGUCGAACUCCUGGCCAUUGGUGAAAAUAUUGAAUGCUCCCUUGAAUAGCAUCGGACAAACCUCCGCAACUACCGGAGUUACAAGCAAAGAUCCACGACGCCGCAUACAUACACAGCGCUCUGCGUGCAUUUCGUUGCCCGACUUUGUUGCGACGGUGCCAUCGAAGACGCUCGCCACCGGAGUUUCGAGGUCACGACCUUUGUUCAACGGCAGUAUACCAUGGAUACAAACAUCCCUCACCAGCCGAUAUUCCUCCUCACUGUCCGCUCGAACUUAUUCGACACUGGCCCCUCCCCUCUGUCUUGUCCGUCCCACGCAUACCCUCAAUAGUUUACGAAGAUUCGAACAGCAACGUUCUCUAUUUGGGGGACCGUCCCAUGGCCUGCUAGCGCAGAAAGAGAAGACCGCGAACAGCAAUCCCAACAGCGUCAGCGCCCAGAAUGCUUUCUACCAAGCCCUUCUUCGAGCAAAUAUGCCAGCCAUCGUGAUUGAGCGGUACAGAAGCGGCCAUUUCAAUAGCAAUGCACUUUCGGAAUCCAUCUAUUUGAAGGCUUUGGAGCGCGUUGGCGGGGCCGCAGCAGCACCUGCGGCGAAUGCCACUCAAGGUCUCACCCCCGAUAAGGUUCAAGCUGUUGGACAAGCUAUUGCGGCCCAGAAUUAUGGCGGACAAAUAGGAGUCUCCUCGAAGCAGGGAGGAACCGGUGCCAAGGAGGCUCCUUUGUACGUUGUUGUCGAGGAGUCACUCGGAAGCGCAGUGUUCCGCUGGGUGAAAUUCUUUUUUUUCUUUGCUUUCUUCGCCUAUGUCUCUAUGAUUAUAAUUUCGAUUCUCAUCGAAACGACCGGCGUUUUGAAGAAUAUAAAAGGGUCUCAAAACAACGAAGCCCAGCCCCAGCACCAGACCGUCCGUUUCAGCGACGUCCAUGGAUGUGACGAAGCCAAGGAUGAGCUUCAGGAACUCGUUGAGUUCCUGUUAAACCCAGAACGGUUCUCAUCUCUUGGCGGUAAAUUGCCCAAGGGUGUCCUCCUUGUUGGACCUCCUGGAACUGGAAAGACCUUGCUCGCUCGUGCCGUUGCUGGAGAAGCCGGUGUGCCCUUUUUUUACAUGUCUGGAUCUGAAUUCGAUGAAGUGUAUGUAGGUGUUGGUGCCAAGCGGGUCCGUGAACUUUUCACACAAGCUCGGGGCAAGUCACCUGCUAUUAUCUUCAUUGAUGAACUUGACGCCAUUGGUGCGAAGAGAAACGAAAGGGACGCUGCCUAUGUGAAACAGACCCUGAACCAGCUAUUAACGGAACUUGACGGAUUUUCACAAUCUACUGGUGUUAUCAUUCUUGCCGCCACGAACUAUCCUGAACUGCUUGAUAAGGCUCUGACCCGCCCUGGUCGAUUUGACAGGAAGGUAGUCGUCGACCUUCCUGAUGUUAGGGGACGAAUGGAUAUUCUGAAACACCACAUGAAGAACAUCCAAAUUGGCACUGAUGUUGAUAUUGCAGUGAUUGCCCGUGGAACUCCUGGGUUCUCUGGCGCCGAUUUGGAGAACUUGGUCAACCAAGCCGCUAUUUAUGCUAGCAGGAAUAAGCAGCCCAAGGUCACGCCAAAGGAUCUCGACUACGCCAAGGAUAAGAUCAUGAUGGGUGCAGAGGCUCGCAGCAGGAUCAUCCAGGACAAGGACAAGAUUCUGACGGCUUAUCACGAAGCUGGUCAUGCCCUAGUUGCGUACUUCUCACCGUCAUCUAUGCCUCUCUACAAAAUUACGAUUGUCCCUCGAGGAAUGGCUCUAGGUGUGACGCAUUUCCUACCUGAAAUGGAUAUGGUAUCGAAGAAUUACACCCAAUACUUGAGCGACAUCGAUGUUUCCAUGGGUGGCAGAGCAGCCGAGGAGCUUAUCUUUGGAGAGGACCAAGUCACAAGUGGUAUCACAGCGGAUCUUCGAAGUGCCACCGAGACCGCGUUUACGCUCGUCACGCGGUUCGGAUACUCUAAGAAACUUGGAAACGUCGAUCUGUCAACGAAUUACAACAGCCUGUCUUCCGAAACCAAGCAGGAGAUCGAAGCUGAGGUUCGACGUUUGGUCGAGGAAGCCCGACAAAGGGCCACCAAGAUCUUGACGGAAAAGAGACAUGAAUUGGAAUUGCUGACUAAAGCGUUGGUCGAGUAUGAAACGCUAACAAAAGAGGAAAUGGAGAAGGUUUUGAAGGGUGAGAAGCUUGACAAGCUCGUUUUGCCGCCAGAGACGCCUCUCAAGCUCCCUGAUGUUCUUCAGACUGCGAGUCUGGGUCCACCUCCACCUAGGGUAAAAGGCCCCGAAUCGCAUACGUCUGCGGAGUAG